UCCAGUAUGGCUUCUGCUGCCACUUCUGAGUAUAAUUCACACUCAUUGGAGAAUGAGUCUAUUAAGAGGAUGUCUCGUGACAGAGUCAACCAAGAUCUCAGUGAAACUAUUCCUCGACUUCCAGGAGAAACAUUAAUUACUGACAAAGAAGUUAUUUACAUAUGUCCUUUCAAUGGCCCCAUUAAGGGAAGAGUUUACAUCACAAAUUAUCGUCUUUAUUUAAGAAGUUUGGAAACGGAUUCUGCUCUAAUACUUGAUGUUCCUCUGGGUGUGAUCUCAAGAAUUGAAAAAAUGGGAGGCGCGACAAGUAGAGGAGAAAAUUCCUAUGGUCUAGAUAUUACUUGUAAAGACAUGAGAAACCUGAGGUUUGCGUUGAAACAGGAAGGCCACAGCAGAAGAGAUAUGUUUGAAAUCCUCACGAGAUACGCCUUUCCUCUGGCCCACAGUCUGCCAUUAUUUGCAUUUUUAAAUGAAGAAAAAUUUAAUGCAGAUGGAUGGACAGUUUAUAAUCCAGUUGACGAGUACAGAAGGCAGGGCUUGCCCAAUCACCAGUGGAGAAUAACUUUUAUUAAUAAGUGCUAUGAGCUCUGUGACACUUACCCUGCUCUUUUGGUGGUUCCGUAUCGUGCCUCCGAUGAUGACCUCAGGAAAGUUGCAACUUUUAGGUCCCGAAAUCGAAUUCCAGUGCUAUCAUGGAUUCACCCAGAAAACAAGACAGUCAUUGUGCGUUGCAGUCAGCCUCUUGUGGGUAUGAGCGGUAAACGAAAUAAAGACGAUGAGAAGUAUCUUGAUGUCAUCAGAGAGACUAAUGGACAAAUUUCUAAACUGACCAUCUAUGAUGCAAGACCCAGUGUAAAUGCAGUGGCCAACAAGGCAACAGGAGGAGGAUAUGAAAGUGAUGAUGUAUAUCAUAACGCCGAACUUUUCUUCUUAGACAUUCAUAACAUUCAUGUUAUGAGGGAAUCUUUAAAAAAAGUGAAAGACAUUGUUUAUCCUAAUGUAGAAGAAUCUCAUUGGCUGUCCAGUUUGGAGUCUACUCAUUGGUUAGAACAUAUCAAGCUUGUUUUGACAGGAGCUAUUCAAGUAGCAGACAGAGUUUCUUCGGGAAAGAGCUCAGUGCUUGUGCACUGCAGUGAUGGGUGGGACAGGACUGCUCAGCUGACAUCCCUGGCCAUGCUGAUGCUGGACAGCUUCUAUAGGAGCAUCGAAGGGUUUGAAAUAUUGGUACAAAAAGAAUGGAUAAGCUUUGGAAUUAAAUUUGCAUCUAGAAUAGGUCAUGGUGAUAAAAACCACGCCGAUGCUGACCGAUCUCCUAUUUUCCUCCAGUUUGUUGAUUGUGUAUGGCAAAUGUCGAAACAGUUUCCCACAGCUUUUGAAUUCAAUGAACGAUUUUUGAUCAUGAUUUUGGAUCAUCUGUACAGCUGCCGAUUUGGUACUUUCUUAUUCAACUGCGAAUCUGCUCGAGAAAGACAGAAAGUUACAGAAAGAACUGCUUCUUUAUGGUCACUGAUAAACAGUAACAAAGAAAAAUUCAAAAACCCCUUCUAUACUAAAGAAAUCAAUCGAGUUCUGUAUCCAGUUGCCAGCAUGCGUCACUUGGAACUCUGGGUGAAUUACUACAUUCGAUGGAAUCCCAGAAUCAAGCAACAACAGCCGAAUCCGGUGGAGCAGCGGUACAUGGAGCUCGUUGCCCUACGCGACGAGUAUAUCAAGCGGCUGGAGGAAUUGCAGCUCGCCAGCUCUGCCAUGCUUGCGGACCCACCGAGCUCACCUGCCAGCCCUUCGCAGAUGGUGCCCCACGUGCAGACGCACUUCUGAGAGGCACCCUGGCAGGGUGCAGCACGACUGGAGGGUUCGGAAUAAAGGCAAUAGUUGACUUUCCUUUGGGCAUCUGUACAAAGUAGAUUGAAAUAUUUGCCUCUGCGUAGAAAUGAACUAACGUAACCUUCGACUCUUGAACAUGUGCCUUCUAGAACACACAUUGCAAGGAAACCAUAUAAUGUCCACAUGGCGAUCAGAAGAGAGGGGCCGAGGUGAGGUUUUGGGGAAUGUUGACACCUUGCAACUGCAGAUCUUGAAAGAGAAAUUUUAACUUUAAUUUACUGCUAUGGAAAUGCUGUGUCUAAAAUAUGUGUCUCAUAGGCUUAAUUGAAACCACAUUUUAAAUUAUGGGGAAAAUCUGUUUGUAGAGUAGGUUUCCCUCAAGUUGCUUUUAAUAGUUGCUUUGGAUUAUCUCUAAAAUGAAUCCACAUGUGAAAGAUGUAUGUUAGGGCCGAGGCCCAGUUGAGCUCAGCUUCCUUAGCAUUACUCAGAAGCAAGGUAUUUCAAAAAUUGCCAACUUUUAAAAUGUCCAAAGUGGUGACUGAAGGAGAAUUCACUGUGUAGAUGAGUCUUGUAUUAUUUUUAAAUUUUGGAAUAUAACAUGUUUCCUCCUGACUUUCAAGAGAAGCAUAUUUUGAUAUUAAGAAAUGGAUGGGGCCCAGUUAAAAUAUGACUUGACUUUUUUUCUACUAUCCCAGUUCUCCUUUCUAAAUUCUUUCACAAGCUUGCCUAAAAUCCGGAAUCAUUUCAGGCUAGGGAAAGCCCCAUCUCUGACACUGUUUCCGGAUGUUAGGUGCAUUGUGCUUCUUAGGCAAAUGUUUUCAUACAUGUGGCUCGAGUCAGUUGAGCUUACCUGCCAAAAUGCAGGGUCAGCCAUCUUAGAUGUCUGAGCUCUUGCCAGAUGUAUAUGCAUCGAGUGUAUUCUUGAACGUAUUGUGCUUAUGAAUUUCAGUUUAAAUGGUGUUGGGUUUCCUUCCCCCAUGGCGUGCAUAAAAACUGGUUCUACAAAUUUUUACUUGAAGUACCGGGCAGUUUGCUUUUUCAGGUUUUGUUUUAUAGUUUAAGUGAAAUUUUAAAUGCACAGUUCUAUUUGAUAUCUAAACUAAUUCAUUUAGUAAGUAUAUUUGUAAAAGCUAAGGCUACAGUUAAAACAAUUAAUGUGUAUUACAGUGAUUUGUAAAGGACUAUUUAUAGCUAAUAUGAUUUUGUUCUCAGUGAAUUAAGAGAGAUUAAAUAUAUCUUUGUAAAUUAUUUUAUGUCAUAGCUUAAUUGGUCUACCAAAUAAGACAUCUCAAAUAUAGCAGUAUAAUGUAUGUAUUUUGUAAGUAUAAGAAAUUUUAUUAGAUAUUCUCUUGCUUUUUGUAAACGCUGUAAAUAUUUCAUAAAUUAACAAAGUGACACUCUGUAAGAAGAAAAAAAGAGCUAAUACUAAUAGCUUAAAGGGUUUUGUGAAAUUUCAUGAAAACUUUUUCAUGGCAAUAAUGACUAAAGACCUGCUGUAAUAAAUAUAUUAACUAAAACCUA